AUGUUGGCCAGCAGCCACAGAUGCAGGGGCCACGCAGGGUCAGCGUCUGGCCCCUUUGGUAGCACAGAACUCCGAGGAGGUCAUUACGGGGUGAUCCAAUUCCCUCUGUUUGGGGCGUUAGGAGAUUGUGUGGUCACCUUUGCAGGGCUGCUCUGCACACAGUGUCAAGAUCUCACUGGGUGUGCAGCAGCCGCACGCUCCAUUGUAAGGCGUCCCUCGGGCCUGGCUCCCCCCCUCACCGCCGCGGCCACCACUGCCUCUCCCCUGUCGUCUCUCAAACUGCAAUUUAGCCACUGA